CGUUUUGUAAGUUUUUUUUUAUCUAUACUCUCUAUCUAAUAUGAUAAAUAUAAAUCUAUUUGAAUUAAAUAAAUUUAAAAAGGAUCUACCUACUUACAAUUUUGUAUGCAUUUAAUUUACAAGUGUAACUGGCAUUAUGAUGGUCAUUCAUGCAUGCAUACAUUUCUUCGUGUGUUUAACAAGUUGUCUUUAUUCAAGGACUUUUUAGAUAUAUCCAUAUCUUACUUUUUUUUUUUGAUCGAGGAUAUUUUGCUGUAUCCUUAAGAUACCUACAUAAAAUAUUUCAAGUGUGUUCAUAAUAUCAUAUAUAUGAACAAUAUGUGAGUGAGACUUGGAACUGAAAUAUAAAAGAAAAAAAAAAAAUGUUAAACCUUGUAUCAGAGUGAAAAGGAUAUUUUUCUUCUCAACGGAGGAUUUUCUUUUAUUUUUUUUUUGUAUAUUCUCCUCCUGAAGGACUUUCGUCGUCGUCGACAACGAGGGUCACAUACAGCAGUUUUUUAGCAUUGGAAUUUUGAUUGUAAUUAUACAAUAAUAUCAACAUAAUGGCAAAGCGAAAGGGAAGCGGCAGAGGAAAAACCUCAAACGCCCGGAAAUUGGCAUUAGAAAAUGCGCAAUCUGCUGAAAAAAGAGAAAAAUUAAAAGAUGACCCGGGCGGCACAAAAUCAAACAAUAUGGAUGACAACAAGAAAAUGACUACAUCCAAGAAGCAACAAUCACAAACGCACUACAAAACCACCGUUAAUACUAAUAAUCACUUAAGUGGUUCAACUAAUAAUAAUAAUAAAAAGAACCAUAAUAAUCAACAGCAACAGCAUAGACAACAAUCCGCUGGCGGAACAACAACGAGCAACGGUGCAAAUAAAACAACCACCUCUGUAACAUCAAAGUCAUCUUCUUCCUCUUCGCCAUCAACAACAGCAACAACAACAACAGCAGCAACAACACUACCACCACAAACAACACCAAUAGCAACAACAACCACUACCCACCGUUCUGAAAAGAAGAACGCUUCCUCCUCUUCCUCAACAACAACAACAACAACAACAACAACAUCGUCAUCAUCUGAUAAUAAUCAUAAACCCCAAAACGCCAAAAUGACCAUUAGCGAAACAAAUAAGCUUACGUCAGAACUUAUCAGCAGCAGUAGCAGCAGCACCAAUAGUGAUAGUAGUAGUUUAAGUAGCAACAUUAAUAACAACAACAAUAAUAACAGUUAUCACAAUAACCAAAACACCAAUAACAACAACAACAAGAGCUUAGUUAAUGAAUCAUCAUCGAUAUCCACAGCAACAUGGAAUAACCUUAAGUACCUGCAUAAGAAAUUUAAGCGCAUUGCCAGCGCAACAACCACCAACAACAACAACAAUAAUGAUAAUAAUAAUCAAUUGGAGCACAACGACGCUACCGAUAAAGGAGGCUCUUCUUCAAUAUCUUCCAUCUCAUCAUCCUCACCACCAUCAACAUCACCGAUAUCUGAAUCACCACCAAUUUCAAUUGUGGUUAAUGGUAAUAAUGGUGCUGUCGCCGAAGAUCGAGUGCCACCAUUGACAAAUGGUCAUGUGGCAGUUGUUUAUGAUGCAACAACAACAAGUAGUAGUGCCAAUGAUAAUCUUAAUAAAAAGAAAUCAACCAAUAACAACAACCUUAGCAGCAACAACAAGAACAGUAGCAGUAGUAGUAAUAAUAAUUUAAGCAACAACAGUGAUCUAGCCCUAAGUAGUAGCAUUAGUAGUAAUAGUAGUAGUAAUAUUAGUGGACAUGUUGUCCAGAGGACAAUGUCUACAACAACGACGACGCCUAGUAUUAGCCCGGUGUUGGUGCCACAAAAUCAAAAAUUGGCACAACAAUCACCAACAAACCAACAACAACCACCACAACAACAGAAACCAGCCAUUGGCAAUAGUACAACAGAUGCAUCAGGACAACAAUUAUCGAGGCAUGUGUGUCCUUUUUGCCAAUUGAAUUGUACUAAGCCAUCGGUCCUACAGAAACAUAUCCGUGCACACACAAAUGAACGACCAUAUCCCUGUGAUACAUGCGGUUUUGCAUUUAAGACAAAAAGUAACUACUACAAGCAUUGCAGAUCGAGAUCGCAUGCGUUGAGGAUAGGAGGUGUAGAACCACCAACUGAUGCCGAUGAAGGCUCCAUGGGUGCUUCAGAUCAAGAACAAGAUCCUGAUAUGAGUAAUAGUAGCUCAGAUGUGAUAAGUCGUACAACGUCUCCCUUGGACGAAAGGACAUCAUCCCCAGCUGUUUUAUUGGCUCAAGGGUCACAACAGCAAAGUACCUCUACAUCGCCACCCAAUACAAAGACUUUCCUUCAGCCAAAUAGUUUGGCAUCACAUCCAAAUGGAGGAUCACUAGCCAUUGCCAAUCAACAACAACAACAACAACAACAACAGCAGCAACAGCAACAACAACAGCAGAAACAUUACCCACAACAGCCACAACAUGGCUCCCCCUCAUCGAACACCGCAAUUGCCACUACAACAUCCUCCAAUCAGCAAAAUCAAAAAUAUUCCAAUGACAAACCCUACAAACCAAAGUUCCAUAAUGCUGCUCUCUAUUCUCCCAACAAAGUUCCACAAACACAACAACUCCAACAACAGCAACAUGCAUUGCAACAACAUCAGUUGCAACAACACCAACAACAUAAGCAACACCAACAUCAAUUGCAACAGCAACAUCAACAUCAAUUGCAACAACAACAAAUGCAAGAUGAAGAAUCAGCAGUAAAGCUGCAGCUUCAGCAACAACAGCAACAGCAACAGCAACAACAUCAACACCAGCAACAACAACAACAAUUCCACCAACAACAACAGCAACAUCAUCAAACCCCUCUCCAAGCCCCACAACCAGUUUCCCUGCAACAACACAUGAAUAACACCCAUAAAAUUCCAAAUCAUCAUAUGAAUAACAACCACCAGUUGAUUCCGAUGCAAGGUCCACUGACCCUUCCACCACAUGUCUCGCCAACUGGUGGUUACUAUGUCAAUCCUGGAAUGCUUCAUCACUACUAUACAACUCAACAUCCAAAUUUACUUCCUCCCUCGGGGAACCAACGAGAUGUAAUGUCUGUCUCUGUAUCACCAGCCCACUAUCAACAGCAGCAACAACAACAACAACAACAACAGCAACAGUAUCAGUUGCAACAUUCCAAUAUUAUGGCAUCCCCAAUGCAAGUUUCAGCAAAUCCCGCCAAUAAAACCCCCACACAUAGAAAUUAUCAUCCCCAUCCAGUGCCAAUUCCCCCUCCAGCUAAUGGAGCUGUGAAUGCUGGAUCAGGAAUGACACAUUCACCAAAUAUGCAAACAGUGGGUAGUAGCAACAAAGAAUCGUCAUCGACUAGUGGCAAUUCAAGUUCUAUUUUGGCUAACAAAGGGGCAAUAACUCCAACCCCAGGUGGUGGUCAUCAGUUGAAUGUGGAACGCUUACAAGAGCACAUAUCCAAACUCAUAUCACAAAAUGAAGCGAUUGUUGAAAACAAAGAACUCCUUCUGCAAAAGAAAUACCCAAAAACUCUAAAUCGUUCAAGGAGUUUUACCAAUGCCAAUACUCCGAGUCCUGCUACAAGCAGCAACAACAGUAACCUAGUCCCAUCUUCAACAGUGCCAAGUGGAGAAAGUGCCAGCACAAAAUUGGCUCAGGCAAUUGUCCACAAACAACAACAACAACAAUUGCAACAGCAACAACAACAGAUGCAACAACAAAUCCAACAACAGCAACAACUACAACAACAACAGCAAAUGCAACAACAGCAGCAACAACAAAUGCAACAACAACAGCAACAAUAUCUUAGAGGCUUCAAUGAGGAGCAUAUUCAGAGGCUAGCAGCAACAAAUUCAUACAACAAUUCAAUCAAUGGAAUGUCAAAGAAUCUGCACAAACUUGCUGCAGUUAGUAUAAUGAUUCCGCCGCCUAUGCCUCAGCAACAACAGCAGCCACCACAGCAGCAACAACCACAACCAGCUACACAACAACCAAAUAUUCCCCAGCAACAACAGCAGCGUGUGUCACAUAUUCCGGUUCCAGUUUCAGUACCAACGGUAUCACCAAUGCAACCCACACCGAAAGAUUCUUCUCCAGUGGCAGCACCCAAUGUGCCAUUGAAUCUGUCCAAAGUAGUUGACCCGGCUGAUGUUCCUAGUACCAGUUCGUUUUCCCGCAAACGUCUCUCAAUAGAGUCACGGUCUUCACCAGCUCCCGACAACGCUGUUACAAGCAGCACGAGCAGGGGCAAGAGUCCUGCAUUACACCCCCAAAAUCCCAGUAAUUCCAUUAUUAAGAAUUUACUCCUGAAUGCUAGAGGCUUAGCAGUCCCGACUGGUGAAGGGGAAGAUGCUGUCUACAUCUGCCCACUCUGCCCCAUGGAAUUUCGAACAGCUGAAGACCUCCAAGUGCACAAUAGCACAUACUGCCAGGGCACUCCAUGUAGUGCUCCAACCAGCCCAGUUUCUUCACCAUCCUACAAGUAUUUUCGGUCAAAUUCCAUAAAUGUCAGCUUACCCGAGUUGAAUAAUCCAAAUUCAUUGGCAAAGCUAGCGAAAUCAUCAAUGUUCUACUCAAAGAAUCCAUUGUCGCUUGUUAAACUUGCUUGGUCACAAUUGAAGACCAAACCUAGUAAUCUAGUUCUUGAUCAGUUGAGUUCAUCAACGUCUGUAGCUGCUACGUCAGCAUCAGUUGCUGCUGCAGCUGCUGCCGCUGCUUCAGAAGCGGCUUCUUCAAAUCCAGUGCCAUCAACAUCUUCAUCGGUAGUGCCAGCAACUUCAACUCCAACACCUCUUCAAGAGGUUGUUAUAAAUAAUCGGUUUAUUGAUGCUCCUUUGCCUUCACCAGGACCACUCCUCGGCAAGACACCACUUGUCGAAGCUUACAAUCAUAACGAGAGAAAGUCGGAAGAAAUUGUCAUCCGAAAGGUUCAUGAAGAUCAAGCUUCUCAAUCUUAUCGCUCGACCAAUAAGAGACCAAAAUAUGACAAAAACUAUCAACAAGAACCUUCUACGAGCUUUCAUCAAUCUACUUCACAACCAAGUCAGCUCAAGAUCAAUAGUAAUUAUUCUGGGCCAACUGAAAUGGUUGUGGACAAAAAAGAGGAUCGUUCAAAACGUUUUAUGUCAUCUGGUGGAUGUAUGGUUCCUAUAUCAGAGUGUCCUGAUCUCGAUAUGAGUCCGAAAAUGAUUCGAACUCCACUUUUGUCGGGAGGUAGCUUCCAAGAAGUUUCCCCCAAACCAAGAGAACAACCAUCCAAUCGUGGAACAACACCCAAGAUGAUGAUUCCCAUAACUCCUCUUACACCAAGUCUGCCACCAGGUUUGCAGAUGUCUGGACCAACUCAUUUUCAAUUUCCACCAAUCAACUCGAUAACUGCCUUCAAUCCAUUAACGUUGCCUAUUCUGCAACAUGGUGGUGGGGAGAAGAUGAUUCCCUAUGUUCCAGGAAUUCCAGGUCCAAAUUGUCUAACUCCUCAGUUACCUCCACCUCAGCAGCUGUUAGUUCCCAGUCAGUCACGAAAUCCCAGUCCGAAUCGACAAAAAGUACCAAGUCCGGCUGUAAUUUCUGGCAUGAUGGACUCAUCAGCUUUUAGUCCGAAACCAAAAGCCAUGCGAAUGGACUCCGAAGGAAGGAAUUUGUCGCCUUUUGGUGGCGUUAGUAAUGUUCCAAGUGAAUUUAAUCGAGUUCCACCAUCACCAGCUCUGAGGGCUGCUCGAUGGCCAGCUGUUACUCCAUCGACCUUGGAUGUUCCCAAGAAAUCUUUCAAUUUUCUUCGAAUGGCUGACAAUGUUAGUCCGAAAAAAGCUACAAAAUCCCAAGAGACCGAGAAGGAAGUUCGUCAUUUUAACUUUGACAACUUGCCCAAGGAACCAGAAAUAAUAACUCCAACUCGAUCACAAGAUGCAAUGACACCAUUGCAUGUUGACACAUCGAAUUCGAGCUAUCGCCGUAGUGCAGAACCUAGUGAUUCUGGAAUUGAGUCAAUCGAAGAGAAGACGACAUCUCCAUCGAAGAGGUCAAAGUUUCUGAGGCCGACAAGUCUUCCUCUUAAACCUGGUACUUUUACACCAAAGCGUCACCAUGGAAUCACCCCAAAUGCUAAUACUUUGCCUCUGAUUUCUCCUGAAACUCCUAGACAAUCAAAAGCUUGUGCACAAAUGUAUCUCAAUGGACAUGCUUACACCUACUUGGGGCUCAAGUGUAGCACCAAGAUGUUCUAUUGUACUGUGAAUUGCCCACAGCCAUCAUACGUUGCUAAUCUUCAUAAAUUGUCCAUGUACAGCGUUUGGCAGGUGUGUGCCGAGAAUAACCCUCAUCCAAUGGGUUUUAAGCCGAAAACCGUCAUGGCAUUGUAUGACGCUCGUCAGAAAUCCUGUGCAAACACAAAAGCCGGUGGAAAAACCACCUGCUCCACAGUUCAUUCCCAAGGCACUGUAAUGACUCCUUUCGAAAACAACAUGGGACAGUUCUAUCAUCACCAACUCAAACAAUUGCCAUUCCCACCAUCUGAGGAGUCUUCCAAGACCACAGAGUCAUCAGCUGACAAGGAUACAUCCAAUAACCAGCAAUUGCUUGUAGGAGGUUAUGAGUCCCAUGAGGACUACACCUACAUCCGAGGACGUGGACGAGGUCGAUUUGUUUGCCUUGAAUGUGGAAUUCGUUGUAAGAAACCAUCAAUGUUGAAGAAGCAUAUCAGGACUCACACUGACGUGCGGCCGUAUACUUGCAAACAUUGCAAUUUUAGUUUUAAGACCAAAGGUAAUCUCACCAAACACAUGCAGUCCAAGACUCAUUUCAAAAAGUGCAUUGAACUCGGUAUUAAUCCCGGACCAAUGCCAGCUGAUGGUGAAUUUAUGGAACCAGAUUUUGAAUAUGACCAACAGUCGAUUAAUUCUGGAGGUGGUCGGACAUCAUCUUUGCCUGGUGAAUCCAGUGAUGAUGACUUUUCUGACAAUGAAACUGAAAGUAGUGAUGCUGAUGACUCUAAAUCUCGUCUUCAAGAACACGAAGCAGCUCGUUGUCUGCUCUCACUUUCAAUGACCCCACCAAUUAGCAGUAUUUCUCCAAAAGAUUCCUAUACAUAUCACCAGAAUGAGACUCAAACACCACAACAACAGAGGCGUGUUGUGUCUUUCACAUCACCAAAGCCACCAUUUGAUUAUCAAAAACAAGAGCAAUACUAUUCGAAUCCUGAAGAAUCAAAGCCAAAACUUCCGCGGACUAGUUCCGAUGAAAGUACAAUGUUACCAAUUGAUUUGACCAAACCACGGUCAGCAGAGCCUUCUCUCGAUUUGAAAAUGAAGCAAGUAACAUCAUUACCUCAAAUGCCACAUCAAUCAGCGGCACAGAUUCGUGAUGUCAUUGGUGCUGUUAGCAAUGAGUCAAUGUUUAUGAAGUCAUUGAUUAAUAUGACCGAUCGUGUUCGUUCGUCAAUUGAUUGUAAUGUGGCUAGGGUAGAUAGCAGUGCUCUGCAUAAUGCCUAUCUCACAGAGCAAGCUCUGCAUUAUCAUAAGAUCAAGCAAAGUCAAAUGAAUCGGAGCACCAUUGAAGGAGCUUCCGAAUCAUGCAACACUUAUACGAGUAAUUCAGCAAGUGGUCGUUAUUUCACAAUGACCACAACUGCAAGUACAUAUAUUAUGAGUUCAGCAGUUGUUAGUCAGGUGAAACCGACUGAGACACUAGAAGAGCCGGUGAAGCUUAAGCCAGAACCACCAAUAAAACAGUCAGAUCCAGCAAAAUAUGAGAAAGAAGCUCCUUCCACAGUGGAAAGUGUGCCUUCAUCCAAGGAUUCACUGUCUGGAAGUGGAAAAAUAAAGGCUCCAGGAAAUGCUAAAAGCGUUGCCUCUGAAUACCUUAAAAUAACCAAAUCCAAAUCAAAGACUUCGAGUGUGGCGAAACCCGAAGAAAGUGGUGAUGAAAGUAUGUCCGAAAAUGAAGCUGCCGGUGUUGAGACCUCAACUCCUCCAACCACACAGUCAUCAUCGAAUAGUAUUCCAACAACAAGUGCUGAUUUCUCAACUGUUCCGACUCGAACAGUUAUUGUUGGAGAAGAUGGAUUCAAAAGUUCAUCGAAUGAAAUCCAACCAGUCUUUCCAAGGGUACCAAUUUCCAGUGAUGGCAGGCCUGUGUGUACCAUUUGCUCAAAGACCUUUCAAAAACAACAUCAAUUAGUGCUCCAUAUGAAUAUUCAUUAUAUGGAACGAAAAUUCAAGUGUGAACCUUGUGGUAUAAGUUUCCGGACUCAAGGACACUUACAAAAACACGAACGUUCUGAAGGACACAGGACGAAAAUCACAAUGACGUCGACAUUUGGUGUACCAACAUCAUCAAACCCACGACCAUUUGAAUGUACAGAUUGUAAGAUUGCCUUUAGAAUACAUGGCCAUUUGGCCAAACAUCUUCGCUCCAAAACUCAUGUCCAGAAAUUGGAGUGUCUGACAAAGCUGCCAUUCGGAACUUAUGCAGAGAUUGAACGAUCUGGUAUAAGUCUCACUGAAAUCGAUACCAGUGACUGUGAUAAUUCAUUGAUAAGUCUCAAAGUACUGGCUCAAAAGUUAAUGGACAAAGAUCCAACAACAAUGGGCAAUUAUACAUCACCAUCGGGUAUGCAUGAUGUUAAUCAUUCGAAUCCAGCGAAUGGUGGAGAUAGUGGCAGUGAGGAUGGAUAUGAUGUACAAAAUUCGAUGGAUGAAGGUGGUAGUAAACCUGAAGAGAAUUCAGCUCAUAAUAAUGUUGAUCAUGGAUUGAAGAGACGUAUUCAGCCAUUUAGCAGUAGUGAUGAAGAACAACAGGCAAUGGAUGGUAUUGUUCCGGAGAAGAGACAACGUACUCAAAGUGAAGUAUCGUCGAAUUGAGGAGAUCUUCUGGUGUGUAUUCAGCUGAUAAAUAUUUAAUUCAGCGGAAUUACAAAGAAAUUUAAUUGUUUUUACAAGUUUUGGCAAAUCAAAUUUCAAAAACAUGAAAUUACUUAAUUUUCACAUUGAUUUAUUUAAAUUUUCGAGGAUAUUUGAUAAUUCAGCUCGUAAAAUACUCGUAUGCAUAAUUUUGCUUACAAAAAUUGCCUGGAAUUGACUAAAUCCAGCCGUAAAAUAUCUAUAUUGCUGCAUAGCUCAUUCAGCUGUUCUUAUUUGACCCAAGAUUCAUUUGAACUUCGGUAGUUUGCGAUAUAGAAAAUUUGUUCCAAUCAUGAAUAGUAUAUAAAAAAGUGCUGAAUAGCUUAAUGAAAUGUUCCCAUCGUAAAGUUUUAUUUGUAACACAAAAUUCCACUGAAUUUAUAUUAAUGAAAAAAGAAAUUUCUAAUAUUUUAAGUUCAGCUAAAAUUUAUCGACUUACAUGUUAUUCAGCAAACUUUUUAAAAUGUCAUUUAAAUCAGCUAAUUUAAACUGAAAACUAUUGAAAACAAAAACAACGUAAAGAGGCGCUUAUUUUGAAAGCAAAUAUGAGAAUUAUGUGCCAAAUUUUAUGAAAAAUAAAUUUAAAAAAAAAAUCUACCAAUCAUAUCACGUUGUUGGAAAACGUGUAGUUUUUUUUAUUGAUGAAUGUUAUGUGUUAUUUUUUUUUAAGUUUAAGCUCACGUGCUGUGACUUUGUUCGGCUUAGCCUAAUUAAUUUUUGUUUAGUUAAAUAAUAUUAAUUAUUUAGAAAUAUUGAUUUAGUUUCUUUUUGCGCUUGUUGUUGUUGUAUAAGUCUAAAUAAUUGAAUUAUAAGUUAAGUUUAUUUUUAUUAAGAGACUGCGAGACUCAUUAUAUUUUAGGUUAAAAAAGAAAAAAAAAAGAAGAAAUAAAAAAGUCUUUAUGUUGCGUUUUGUUUCAAAAAUAAUUUUAAUAAAUAAAAAACAUAUAUAUUACGUAAUAAAACUGUUGUGAAGUUUUUUUUUUUAUUU